AUAGAGGAAGGCAUUGCCCCUCCUCUGCUACAAGACAAACAAAAGAAACACUAGAAAGCCAAAAAUCUCACUUUCCGAAUUUCGCUUUCACUUCUCGAUCCCAAAAAUCUACCAUUAAUCAUUUGGAUCUCUGCGCUCACGUCAACAACUCACACCGGAUCGUACGUUGCUCUUCUUCCUCUGUGGGUGCGUACACGAUGAUGGAUAAUGGCCGAUGAAGUGUCGGAUGGGCGCAGAUUACUGGCUGGAGCUUCAAUUGUCUGGAAAUUCCAAAAUUAAGUCAGACUUUUAUCAGAUAAAAGUAGUCUUUAUAAUAUAUAUUCUGGGGUAUCAUUUUCAAAAACAUUGAUAGAUCCUUGCUUAUAAGGUGUUUGGACUUCAACAAUUGAUUUGUUACUUGUGUGGAGAACCUUGGAUCUUGAUUUGACCUAUCAAUGAUUGAGAGAAAGGCAAUGGGGCGUGCUUCUCCAUUGCUUUUGAUUCUCUUGGUUCUUGGUUUUUGCUUUGCCACAUACAAUUUGGUUACCUUGAUAAUCCACAAUAGAUCUGUUGGGAAACGGACGCAUGACGGUUCAAGUGGUGGUAUAUUUUUUGAUCCUGUUAUUGAAAUGCCUGAAGAUGCAAAGAAACAAAAGAAUGCCAAGAUCCCAUUCCAUGUUGCCUUAACAGCAACUGAUUCUCCUUACAGCAAAUGGCAGUGUCGCAUUAUGUACUAUUGGUAUAAGAAGAAGAAAGAUCUACCUGGGUCAGAGAUGGGAGGAUUCACCCGAAUUUUGCACUCAGGAAACCCUGACAACUUGAUGGAUGAGAUUCCUACUGUUGUGGUUGAUCCUCUUCCAGCAGGUUUGGAUCGGGGUUAUAUUGUGCUAAACAGACCUUGGGCUUUUGUGCAGUGGUUGGAAAAAACUACAAUCGAAGAAGAAUACAUAUUGAUGGCAGAGCCUGAUCACAUAUUUGUAAAUCCUCUUCCAAAUUUGUCACAUGAUGGGUAUCCAGCUGCUUUUCCAUUCUUUUACAUUAAACCUGCUGAUAAUGAAAAAAUCAUUAGGAAGUUUUAUCCAGAGGAGAAAGGCCCUGUGACAAAUAUUGAUCCAAUUGGUAAUUCUCCUGUAAUUAUCAAGAAGGAAUUGCUGGAGAAAAUAGCCCCAACAUGGAUGAAUGUUUCCUUGAAAAUGAAAGAUGAUCAGGAGGCUGAUAAAACUUUUGGCUGGGUGCUAGAAAUGUAUGCAUAUGCUGUAGCUUCAGCUUUACAUGGCGUGAAGCACAUUCUUCGGAAAGACUUCAUGUUGCAGCCCCCUUGGGAUCUCGGAAUUGGAAAAAAGUUUAUUAUUCAUUACACUUAUGGAUGUGACUACAACUUAAAGGGUGAGCUAAUGUAUGGUAAAAUUGGAGAGUGGCGAUUUGACAAGAGAUCCCAUCUACGUGGACCUCCACCAAAAAAUCUGCCCUUGCCCCCUCCAGGGGUUCCUGAAAGUGUGGUAUGAAUCAAGGUCUCGCUUGUAAAGAUGGUCAAUGAAGCUACAGCCAACAUUCCUAAUUGGGAUACUGAGUAGUGAGUAGAUAUCAGUGCAGUCCAAGUGGUCAACUUUUUCUUUGAGAUGGUUGAAAUUUUGAUCCAUAGCAAUUCACAAAUGUCGCUGUUUAGAAACCUCAGGUUAAUUUUUUCAAAUUAUGGGAUAUAAUAAUAUAGGUUUAAAUUAAGGAAGUUCUUCUAUAUCUUGAUUUAGGAUUACAAAUUACAAUCUUUGGCGCCUAGGCAAGCACACACCAAUUUUAUUCUUCCUGCAUUUUUGGCAGAUAAAUACAGCAUACUCUCAAAUUGAGAGAGAAAUGAAUCAACUUAACGAAUUGUUGCUGGUUUGA